AUGAGGCUGAAAGACGCGCGUGCAGCGGAGAACAGCAUGACUAACCCAAGAAGAAAAAAAAAAAAAAAGAAAGAAAUUUUCUUUGAAUACAUACGGAAUAGUAACUCGCAGGCCAUUCAGCUGUUGAACUGCAUAUGGUUGUACUGCUUUUAUCAGAACAUAAAAACGUUAACAAAAAAUAUUCGAAAACUAAAGAAUGGAAAAGGCAACAACGACCCCCUGCUAGUAAAGUACCUUUUGACCCUGCGCAUAAACAUUAACGAUGCAUAUGAUUACUUUCAGUCCAUUCUAUCCACCGCACUAAAAAUAUAUCGCGAGAAAAGAGACCUGUAUGUCUUACACAUAAAUAACGUGGUGGGUAGACGAAAUGGCUACUCCGGAAAUGCACCCAUGACGACCGACAUGGUGAGCGACAUGGUGAACAGCGCGCUGACGGAGAUGAUAACCGAGAUGGUCACCAACAUGGUGAGGGGGAGACUCUGCACAGCAGCCUAGAUGAAGGCGUGCUUGAAUUAUUACAAGGCACUGAGUUAUUAUAGGUACAGUGGCCACCUGUUCAAUCAGCUGACCCUUCUGUACACGCGGGGCAACCCGAUCAAGUGCCUCUUUUUCUACUUCCUUUCGUUGAUAGCGGUUAAGCCUGCCCCGAAUAGGGACGCCGUUAUCAUGUUCAUGGAGGGCGUCCUCAGCGGGGGGAAGGGCCUGGCCAAUUGGCUGGCGCGCCUGCGGGGGGACUCAUCCGGAAGAGCAGCAAGUAUAGGAAGCAGCGGAAGUAGCGGAGGUAGCAGAAGUAGCGGAAGUAGCAGAAGUAGCGGAAGAGGAAGACGCGGCGAACGUGGCAAACGAGGCGGAAGUGUCUACCUCGGCAGCCGGGGCAGCGCGGUGAGCACUCCCUGCCACGGAGAAACGUCGUGCAAACUGGGGAGGGGAAUCUUUUACAUCAAAACUAAAGAAAGGCAUUUUUUGCCCUCCAUAAAAAGCAGUGAAAACGGGGCAAAGGACACCAUCUACCACCAAAGGGACAAACACCACGACAAAGUGAACUCCCGAUUGGGAAAAAAACACACAGAGGGAAAGAAGGAAGGAAGUUCCAAUAGUGGACAUGGAAGCACCAAGGAAAAUCUAGCCGAGAAAGAAUUAAACGAAGCCAUUUUUAAUUUCUACAUGAGCUACUUCAAAAUUGUGAAGCUAUUAUUCUCCAAAAUUGACAUGAACAAAUUUGAAAAAAAAAAUAAAUUUAUUUACUAUACCAAUAGGUACAUAAAGCUGCAGUACUACAGUAGGAGAGAAGAUACCCUGAUGCUCAAAAAUAUCAUCCUUAUUAUAUUUACGCUUCUAAGUUUGGUUAUAUAUGUUAUCACGAAUCAACAUGAGCAGGGACAUAAGAACACAAAGGGAUUCCUUUUCUAUGGCAAUGUAAACGUGUCGAAGUAUGUAUACAAAAAUGAGCAAAUUUAUUUUUCGUUCCUUUUGAUUCACGAGCUGUUAUUGUCAUGUGAAGAUUUCUACACCAAUUUUUUCCCCAGCUAUUUGUCCGUUUUUAUAUACACACUUUACUGGUUCCGAAAUGAGCCUAGUGUGUGGGAGGUGCACUUGGGUACUUGCACCGAGGAGGACAACCGAGAGAGGGACCAUCUCGUGAAGCAGUAUCAUGAGGAUUACCGGGGGAAAAGCGUCUACGGUAGUAGGGUCACUCGCAGGGAGAAGGGCAAUGUACACACCUCCGCUGUGAGGAGACCUCCCUGGGGGAGAAAGAAAGGUGAACCGCUUUCAGCGAAACAGAACAGUUACAACCAAGCAGUGGAGAAGGACCCUUGUGAUGACCCCGAAUUUUCUCACAACAAAGAUAUAAUAAAAAGCAUCAAAGAUUUACUAAUCGGCAUAAAGGUGAGGGAGGAAAUACCCCUGAAUGAUAACUCACUACUGCGCUACAAACUGAGGGAGGAUUUUUACAUCUAUCCUUUUUUGAGUGGGUUGCAAUUUAGCAGUUUGGAGGGAGGAGGAGGAGACCAUUCUACUGAGAGGGGGUGCAAGGUGGCUUCUUCACAAUGGAGCAGCCUGUCCAGUGUGGUCUACCCACAAUUCGGCUCCAACCAAGUAGACGUAAAGUGCAGCCAACUGCCCUUCGAGCGGGGAAACCACCGGGGGGGAGUUAGCCAUCUCACCAAUUUCGAGGACUCAAACGAAGAAGAUGUAGUCCUUCUAAAGAACCCAUUAUUUGUAAAGGCGAGCAGUGUGUGUAUGAACGGGGAGAUGGUAGACCCGAGGGACGACGCCAGCAAGGGGCUAAACUGCUACAACGAUUUAUAUGAGCUGUCCGCCAUCAGUGGGAAUAAUGUGCAUUCAUGCGAUCGGGAGGAUGGGAGUAGUGAGAGGGGGGGUAAUGGUGAGAAGGGGCACGCAGAGGGGGUACGGCACACAGAGGGGAUGAAACACACAGAUGAGAGUGCCUCAUGUGCGAAUGUUAGCGAGGGAAGGAACCACUCCGGUGAGCGCAGAGAUGAUGGGGUCUCACUCAACACACACAGAAUACCCCAUCCGGAGGAAGGCUCGAAGAGAGAUCACUACAUUGCAGCAGUAUUUGACAUCCCAAGUGAUGAGCAGCUGGAGGAGGUAGCAGACCGCGUUCGGAUCAUGCGAUUUAGGUCUCUCACCCAGGGUGGGUUAAAGGAGAACGACAAGCAAAGUGUGCACGUCCGUAACGUUGGCAAAAAAUAUUUGGCUGCACAAGCUAGAGAGGAAAUACACCAGGAUAAUUUCCCCAAUGAGGACGCCAUAGCAGACAUGCCACAGGUGGCAGACAUGCCUCAGGUGGGAGAUAUUGCAUCUCGGGGGAAAGGAACCCAAGAGCACACCACGCCCAUAGGCGAAGAAGUUUGCAAAAACGAUAUGAGCUGCACCAUGAGCCGAAGCGAUGACGACAAUAAAAUGAGCAACAUCAUGAGCGACCACCAAAACGGAUCGCAGGACAAGAGCGACCACAGUGGCUGUUACAAAGUCCAUGCAAAUGGUGAGAUAAAUCAAAACGAUUAUUUUAGCUAUGCCGUUUUGGAGAGCUUCCAUCAGGUUAGGAUCGAUGCUUUAGGGUCCAUACCGAACGGUAAUGUAGAGAAUGAUCACAGUUCCAAGCAUGUCAUGGGUGCAAAAUUGAACUCGUCCAACGAGAUGACCAAGGGAAGUGACGAGGCCAGCUUGGAAGACAGUGUGGAAGACAGUGUGGAAGCCAGCGUGGACGCCAGCUUGGACGCCAGCUUGGGGGCCAACUCGGAGGACAUGUCGUAUACGAGUUCCCCAGCCGAGGCAGACACCAGAGUAGACGACAUGGCCCAAUUGGUGAAGACUCCCUUCCAAGCGAACCACCUUCACAAGGGGGAAGGUCAAACGCAGGCACCGGUGGCAAACAUCCCGGGGGGUGAAGAAGUUCAGGUGGAAAGAACAACCUUUGCAGCGUGUAAGAGGGAUAGCAGCCCGUUUCGACAUAACCAUGCGGAGCCACACCAUAUGCAUAACGGGAUAGAGGAGCCCCACCAUAUGCGCAACGGGAUAGAGGAGCCCCACCAUAUGCACAACGGGAUAGAGGAGUCCCACCACAUGCACAACGGGAUAGAGGAGCCCUACCACAUGCGCAACGGGACAGUGUGGAUAGAGGAGAAGAACUCACCACUGCAGAAAAUGAUAAUACUUGAUGGAAAGAACAUCGGCACGAGGUACCAGGACAACUACAAAAAAUAUUUCGACCCAUUUCGAAUAAAAGUGGUGCUAGAUUAUUACCGAUUUAAGAAGUAUGAUGUGAAGAUAGUCAUUCCGCAAGAGUAUGUAAUGCACGGGAGGGAUGAUCCACUGGGCAAGAACCCCAACAGGGCUUACUACCACCUUCAGUUGCACAACAAUAACGAAGGCCCAGACUUUAUUCUCACGGGGAAUGAGUUGCUGUUUUUUCAGAACCUACAUAUUUUAGGAUGUUUAAUUGUGCACCCCUUGGAAAGCUACUACGCGUUUUGCCUCAACCUUGUGCAGAGGUGGAACUCGUGCUUUGUAACAAACGUGACUCUGUCCGAACUGAACAUGAAACUGCGUGAAUUCGAGCAGCCCCCCCUGAAGAGCAUCGCGGCGCACUUCAUAUCGUAUACCUUUCUGGGCGACGAGUUCCUCCCCAACCCGACCUUCCGCUGGCCCUCCAUCCAUCGCCGGGCCCUACUGAAGAACACUGUGAAUGAAUGA